ACUCGACACGCCAGACGGAAUUGUCCGAGACGACAUCUCGCCUAUGCGAAUUUGGGGCAACGAUAUACUAACUGAAGAGACGCGUAUAUCCUAUAUAAAAGAUCUCGAGGCUAUUUUAAACAGACUACCACACCUAUCACGGAUCACGCUUACUGACGACCUUCGACUUGAGGCGAUAUCUAUGCCGGACCAUCUUAGCCAUCGUGCAUGGCUGCAGAUGCUUCAAGGACGCUCUUUCGGUUCUACCGUUGUAAGGAUCCUCGGGCUACUUAACAAUUUUGGAUAUUUCUCGCAUAUACAGAUCAGCGGCCGUAUAAAUCUGCUCGAUCUCAAUUCGGCCCCGCCGCUCCUCCUAGCUCAUAUGAGGAACUUUCACCUGGAUUCUCCCUCUUUAGCUCUGUUAAGGAAAGUCGUUACCGGCAAUCUAGAAUGCCUAAGGCUUCAGAACUCGACUGUUGUUAACUCGGACGUUGAGUUCUUCGUUCGAACCCACCAGUCAUUGAGAGAGGUCGCGCUUCAAAACGUCAGGAUCAUGGCGACGAUGUGGUCACAAUUUGAAGUACUAGUCUGUGGAUCGAAUGUUACGCUGCUCUGUAGCUAAGACUACUAGAAUAUAUCUUUUGUCUUAGCCGUACAUACUCUCUGCUCUUCGAGGGCAACCUCAAACAGUGCCUUGUCCUCACAUGUAUACCAGUCAUGGAACCCGUCUG